AUGACGAUGAACAGGAAAAAAACUGAAGACUACAUCAGAUGGAAUCUCCACUCUAACAAUUGCAGCUUAUGGUGGGACAACUGGUUAGGCACUGGUCCUCUUAAAUUGAAUGGAUUUGCUCCUACUCACAAAAUUUCAGAAAUCAUGCACACUCUUAUUCAAUAUAGACCUGCUGCCUUGGACAAGGCUAUUUGGACACCCAAUAUCAUAGGAAAGUUCACUAACAAACUAACUUGGCACAAAAAGAUACCCUUUAAAUGGUCCUUUUGUGUAUGGAGGGCCCUCAGAAAUAAGCUACCAACAGAUGACAAGGUGCUUCAGUUCAGCAGCCUUACUGUAACUAGAUGUGUGUGUUGCAACACACCAGCAGCAGGGAAUGCUGACCACAUUUUCAGUCAUGGUAACUUUGCCAAACUAGUUUGGAGAAAAUAUGGAGGGCCUGCUGGUGUCCAAACAGAAGAUCUAACUCUAAGACUACUCCUCAUGAAAUGGUGCAGUGCAAAAUAUGGUGCUAAAACUUCUUCCCUGACUAGAGUACUCCACUCUAUUGAUGCUGACAUUCAAUUGCUACUGAGUACCAACUACCCCACCAUAAAAUUGUCACUCAACUGGACUAAACUAUAUGGCUGCAUUGAAAAUAUUCAGCAUCACACCUCUAUCAAAAAGGUAGCUUGGACAAGACCUGACACUACAUCUGGAGAAAUUAACACUGAUGGUAGUGCUCUAACAAAUUCUGGGUUGACUGGAGCUGGAGUUAUUAUCAGAGGAAGUUAUGGUGAGUUCAUUCUUGCCUUAACCUGUCCCUUAGGUGAAGGCACCAACAAUUCAGCAGAAACAAAAGCAGCCAUUUUAGGAGUUCAAUGGUGUAUUGCCAAUGGUUUUACCAAAAUACACUUGGAAGCAGAUUCAUCACUAUUGAGUCAUUGGCUCAACAAUGAUGGUGAGCCACCUUGGACACUACAGAUACAAGUGCAGAAGCUGCAAAGCCUACUCCAACAGUGUGAGAAAAUCUAUUUUUCACAUGUGUAUAGGGAAGCCAAUUGCCCAGCUGAUUCUUUGUCAAAGCUUAGCCACAAUCUGUUAACCAUAACUAAUUAUUAG